UAUAGUUGUAUAUUCUUUACAAAGAUACGAAGUACGUCCUUCCCUCGGCGCCCCGGAGUGAUACGCUCCCUCGCAUUCCAAUCGUUUCUCCAAACUUUUUUCAAUCACUUCAUCCGCCUUAAUCUCAGGGUUUUGAGAAAAAAACACUAAAAACACUAAAAACAGAGCAGAAUCACACUAUUUCUACACAUCAUGUCGUCGUCUGAUGUAGCUCGACAGGGGCAGGAAAGAAAUGCUCGUCCUCUGUCUUUGUCUGGCCAUGUCGGCUUUGACAGCUUGCCAGACCAGCUGGUCAGUAAAUCGACCAACCAAGGCUUUUGCUUCAAUAUCCUGUGCAUAGGUGAAACGGGUAUAGGAAAGUCUACUUUGAUGGACACGCUGUUUAACACCAACUUUGAGAACUUUGAAUCGUCUCACUUUGAGCCACGUGUCAAACUGCGCGCCCAGACGUACGACUUGCAGGAGAGCAACGUGCGACUCAAGCUUACCAUUGUCAACACUGUGGGCUUCGGAGACCAGAUGAACAAACAAGAGAGCUACCAGCAUGUGGUGGAUUACAUUGACACCCAGUUUGAGUCCUACCUGCAAGAGGAACUGAAGAUCAAGCGUGCACUGCAUAACUAUCACGACUCGCGCAUCCAUGCCUGCCUGUAUUUUAUAGCCCCAUCCGGUCACUCGCUGAAAUCUCUUGAUCUCGUCACCAUGAAGAAACUGGACAGUAAGGUAAACAUUAUCCCAGUCAUCGCCAAGGCGGACACCAUUUCUAAGAGUGAGCUGCACAAGUUUAAGAUUAAGAUCAUGAGUGAGCUGGUCAGUAAUGGAGUGCAGAUUUAUCAGUUCCCCACUGAUGACGAGACCGUUUCUAAGAUCAACACCUCCAUGAAUGGUCACCUGCCGUUUGCAGUGGUGGGCAGUACAGAGGAGGUAAAGAUCGGAAAUAAGAUGGUGAAAGCACGACAGUACCCCUGGGGUGUGGUUCAAGUGGAGAACGAGAACCACUGUGACUUUGUGAAGCUGCGGGAGAUGCUGAUCUGCGUAAACAUGGAGGACCUGAGGGAGCAAACGCACACACGCCACUACGAGCUCUACAGGCGCUGCAAACUGGAGGAGAUGGGCUUUAAGGACACGGACCCUGAGAGCAAGCCAGUCAGCCUGCAGGAGACAUAUGAGGCGAAGCGUCAGGAGUUUCUGCUGGAGUUGCAGAGGAGAGAGGAGGAGAUGAGGCAGAUGUUUGUGCAGCGUGUUAAAGAGAAAGAAGCUGAAUUGAAGGAGGCUGAGAGAGAGCUGCAGGGCAAGUUUGAGCAGCUGAAGCGUCUGCAUGCGGAUGAGAAGAGUAAGCUGGAUGACAAGAGGAAGAGUCUGGAGGAUGAGAUGAACUCCUUCAGCAAGAAGAAAGCUGCUGCUGAGCUUCUGCAGGGCCAGUCCCUAAGUGCCAACUCCAACAUUAAGAAGGACAAGGACCGCAAGAACUCGGGAUUCAUGUAAGAAGAAAUGGGAGAGCGGAUGGAUUUUGGUUGCAAAGACCAGUGAACUUGGAGCAUUUAUGUUUUCACUCAUCCUGCAAACACUAUUAUUCGGCUUGUUAGUAUCUCUUUUAAUGUUUUUUUUUUCUAUAAGUGUAUCAGCAGAGCUGCUGUUUUGUAUCAAUUGUAUAACGGUCUGUUUUUAUAUUUACUGCACAAACUGUUUAUUAUAGUUUGUGUUUUACCACUAGGGGGAGACAACCCUAUUGGUGUUGCAUUAACAAUGGUUAAAAUAGAUCAUUGGGAUCAAAGUGCCUUAAAAAUGUUUUGCCUUACCAGCAGGUAGAUUAUCAGCCGAAACGGUGCCUUUACAGCAGUGUGAUUUUGUGGUAGAGCAUUGAAAUAAUGGAACUGUAUCAGAAAGUGGAUUGCUAGGACUUGCUGGAACUUAGUUUGUACAUCAGUGUUGGGAGAUUUUUUUUUUUUUUUAUCACAUUUUCUGAACUGCAGUGUUGACACUUUACUAUGCAUUCAGGUAUAGAACAGUAAUUCAGUGUGCUGUAGGUCUUCUUUUAUAAUGAUAA